AACCCAUUCGUCAGAAACCGAUUCAUCUUGUCACAUCGUUUUAAAGUUAUAUUUUUUGAUUUGCUAAAUUAUUUUUUGUUUAAUUUUUAUUUUUGUAGGUUUAUAUUUCAUUAAUACGUGUGUUAAAAAAGUCUUAUCAGUGAUAGCCUAGACAACACACAACGGGGCCUCAGGCUUCGGCCUGUGACCACCUAUUAGGAAAAACAUUCACAAAAAGAUCUCAACACUUCCCUAAAACCAUUUACAACACCCGAAUUUAACCCAGUAAUUUCCUACUUCACCAUGUCUCAGUGGAAUAAUACUUAUACUUAUAACAACCAAUAUCAAGCCUCAAACAAUUGGAAUUCUGAUCCAAAUGGCCAGUAUGUUAAUCAAGCAUACUACAACAGACAAUUAGAUCCCAGUGGAAACCAAUAUGUUAGUUUUAACGAAUUUAUUUCACAAAUGCAAGUGUCUGGAGUUCCUGCUGUUAACACUGCCCAAUACAAUAAUGUACAAUAUCAGAAUUAUCCACCUAGCCAAUAUAGUAAUGUAGGUAAUUAUCAAAAUAUACCAGCUAAUCAAAAUGCCCAAGUAAAUUAUGGGUAUGGUGCUAAUUCUUCAAACUAUCCUAAUAAUGUAGAAUCUUAUCAGAGCACUUCUCAAGCCCAGUAUAACCCAGCUUUAGAGCCUCAAAGUUAUACAAGUGAUAUGGUAUCAAAAUCCAAAUUGACACCAACAGCUACAGAAUUUGUGCCCAAGAGUUCUCAAAAACCAACAAAUAGUAAGAAUGAACCAACAACAGAACAACAAGAAGUAAUAAAUGGUGUAAGUGAGGCAAGUAGCAUUCCAACAAAACCAUCAGAAUCUAAGAAUUGGAGAGAAAGACCCCAAAGUAAUAGCCAAAGUACCUCAUCUCAUAAUACCGCUAAUGGUUAUGAUAAUCCAGAUACCAGUUAUAGAGGAGAACAAAAGACUUACAAUAGACCCUCUAGCCACCAUGAAGCCAAUGGGGGGCCAUCUAAUCGUUAUGAAAAUAAAAACCGAAAAUAUGAAAGUAAUGGUAGCCAAAACUCUUAUUCUAACAAAUCUGAAUCUAGCAACAAUCUUCCAGAAUCUUCUAGAAACAGUGAUUCAAGUACAUAUAAGAGAAAUAAACAUGAAACGAAUAGUAAUAGUGAUUCACAUAAUCGCAACGAUCAUUAUAGAGAAGGGGGCCAAGGUAAAUCUACAUCGAAAGGAAGAAAUAAGGAAUUGGACCCUAGUCGUACAUUUUAUAAUAGUAAACAACCUAAGGAUAGUCAAGAUGUUAGGAAUGGUAGAGGAGAAGGUUCCGGAAGGCAAAGACAUUGGGCAGGAUCCCAAAGAUUGAGAGCUGCGGAGCGCAAUAGUAUUGAAGAUGAACAAUAUGCCAGUUCAUACCUUCACUACAGGGAGGAAAGGUCUAGAGUCCAGAGAGAUAAUCACAUGCCUAGCCCAUCACGAAACAAAAAAGCUGUGCAAAAUAAUAACAAUAAUAAUAGUGGAGGCAAUAAAGAAAUGACACAGCGUGAACGCCUUGUUGAGCAACUUGAUAAAGGAACAUUGGAGUGCUUGGUUUGCUGCGAGAGAGUGAAGCAAAUAGACCCGGUGUGGUAUUGCAGCAAUUGCUACCAUGUGCUACAUUUGAGAUGUAUUCGAAAGUGGGCUGUCAGCAGUAUGGUUGAGGGUAAAUGGCGUUGCCCAGCAUGUCAAAAUACAAGUCAGGAUAUACCAACUGAGUACCGCUGCAUGUGCGGUGCGAUUCGUAAUCCGGAGUACCAGAGGGGAUCAAAUGGUGCCCACACUUGUGGCAAGGCGUGCAAACGUCCCAGGAACUGUCCGCACCCUUGCACACUGCUUUGUCACCCUGGUCCCUGUCCACCUUGUCAGGCUACUAUUUCUAAAAAAUGUGGUUGUGGAGCGGAAACUCGAUCAGUGCUGUGCAGCAGCAAGCUGGCGCAGGAAUGUGGGAGGCAGUGUAACCGAUUGUUAAACUGUCAAACCCAUGUAUGCACUAAGGAUUGUCACGAAGGACCCUGUGAACCAUGCGCGGAAAUUGUUGAACAGAUCUGCUACUGCCCCGCCGCGAAGUCCCGCUCAGUCCCGUGCACAGCGGACACGGGCGGCGAGCACUGGUCGUGCGGUGCGGAGUGCGCGCGCGUGCUGGCGUGCGGCGCGCACGUGUGCCGCGCCGCGUGCCACCCGCCGCCGUGCGCCGCGUGCCCGCUGCGGCCGGACAACGUGCCCACGUGCCCUUGCGGAAACACCAGGUUAAAAGAUGGCCAGCGUAAAAUGUGCACAGAUCCAAUCCCAUUGUGUGGCAAUAUUUGUAACAAAUCUUUGCCCUGUGGACACUUCUGCAAAGAAAAGUGUCACGAAGAUGCAUGCCGAGUGUGCCCAGACACAACAACCCUGCAAUGCCGCUGCGGCCACUCCACACGCGAUGUGCCGUGCCCUGAGCUUCCCGAUAUGUAUAAUAAUGUGUUGUGUACAAGGAAAUGUAAUAAAAAGCUGUCCUGCGGGCGGCACCGCUGCCGCACCGCGUGCUGCGCGGCGCAGUCGCACCGGUGCGCGGUGGUGUGCGGCCGCACGCUCUCGUGCCAGCUGCACCGCUGCGAGGACUUCUGUCACACGGGACACUGCGCGCCGUGCCCGCGGCUCGAUUUCGAAGAACUCCGCUGCGAGUGUGGGCUCGAGGUGAUCCUGCCGCCCGUACGGUGCGGGGCGAAGCCCCCGCCGUGCAGCGCCCCGUGCCGGCGCGAGCGGCCGUGCGGACACGCCCCACACCACACGUGUCACUCGGGAGACUGCCCCCCCUGUGUCGUGCUCACUACCAAGAUGUGUCAUGGAAGACAUGAGGAGCGAAAAACGAUUCCGUGUUCGCAAGAAGAGUUCUCAUGCGGUCUGCCGUGCGGCAAGCCCUUACCUUGCGGCAAACACACAUGCAUCAAGACCUGUCAUAAAGGACCCUGUGAUACUGACAAGUGCAACCAACCGUGCAACGAGAAGCGCGCCACGUGCGGGCACCCGUGCGCGGCGCCGUGCCACGCGAGCAACGGCGGGCCCUGCCCCAGCGGCGGGCCGUGCCGGCGGCCCGUGCGCGCCACGUGCCCGUGCGCCCGCCGCCGCGCCGAGCGCGCGUGCUGCGACAACGCAAGGGACUAUGCCAAAAUAUUAAACGCCCUCGCAGCGACGAAAAUUCAAGAGGGUGGUUCUGUUGACCUAUCGGAUGCGCAACGUCCUAGCGCUAUGUUGAAAACGCUGGAGUGCGACGACGAGUGCCGGCAGGAGGCGCGCAGCCGGCAGCUGGCGCUGGCGCUGCAGAUCCGCAACCCGGACGUGUCGGCCAAGCUGGCGCCGCGCUACAGCGACACGCUGCGCGCCAUGGCCGCGCGCGAGCCCUCCUUCGCGCACCACGUGCACGACAAGCUGACCGACCUGGUGCAGCUCGCCAAGAAGUCAAAACAAAAGACUCGAGCUCACUCGUUCCCAUCGAUGAACCGCCAGAAGCGUCAGUUCAUUCACGAAAUGUGCGAACACUUUGGCUGCGAGAGCGUGGCGUAUGACGCUGAACCUAAUAGGAACGUUGUCGCCACGGCUGAUAAGGAAAAGUCAUGGCUACCAGCGAUGAGCGUGCUCGAAGUGCUAGCCCGAGAAGCUGGCAAGCGGCGCGUCCCCGGCCCAGUGCUGCGAGCGCCGCCGCCGCACACAACUAGUGCUGCCACGACGGCCACUAACACUGCGCCAUCUACUAGCAAAUCGUUCAGUGGAUGGGCUACUCUAACAUCAACGAACGCAUGGGCGAGCCGCAGCCAACCCUCAACAUCGACUAAACCUGAACCAAAAGAAGCGAAAAUCGAUUAUUUUGACAAUCCACCAGAAAACUAGGCUAGUAGUUCAAUAUAGACCAGGCGAGUGCUCGGAGAAACGUAGCAAGAUAAAACAAAUGAAAAAUCGCUAAAUAAAAACAAUAAAAAACAUUGAAAAAUAUAAAAAUUAAAAAAAGUUCGUUAUACGCGUUCUGUUUUUGUUUUUGUAAAACAUUGUAUGCUUAUUUGUCUUUGGUUAUGGUAAUUAUAAUAUUAUUUAUUGAUUAAAACCCUCAUUUCUAUUGUCUUUA